UUUGACGGACUAAUGAGGGUGAUGAAUUUUACGAUGGCCGUUCAAAAUCAAAUUCAGAUGGAGGAAGAUCAAAAGAUUCUUAGGCAUGAUAUCUCGGAAAUGACAAAGUAUCUUAAGGAGAUCGAGGGCGGCAUUGCAAAUAGCAUGCUUGAAAUUAAUUCCACCUUGGAGGAUAUUGCCCAGUUAAAUCAUGCGUGGCAAAAUAAAUUAUUGAACGAAGAUCAGAAUGUGCUUGAAUCAGCGACAAUAAACAUCGAAGAAUUGCACGACCCACCAGUGACAAUCAGACGAGGUGAUCAUGUCUUCAAGAAAAUGCGCAGGGGUGAGGAGGUUGCAAUUAAGGAAAAGAUCCUUAGGGAAGACGAGAAAAGAUUCAUGAAUGAUAUUAUUAGUCAGGUUGUGAUAUUGAAAAAACUCAAGGAGUCUACAUAUAUACUGAAAUUCUACGGCAUUGCGCAAGACGCCAAUGCCUU